AUGGGAGAUCGUCUCUCAGGACUGUGCAGCACCAAUUGCUUGGCGACGCUUGAGCCGAAGCAUUUGGGCCUUUUCGUGCGAGUGGCCGACCUUGCAGGGCAGCAGGGCCUGACAAAGCUGCGGGCCUUUUUGAGAUGCAUAGGCCAGCUGCACGACCGCGCGGAGCACGCAGAGAAGGCUGCUGAGCACUGGCAGAACCAGUGGGAAGAGAAGUACCGAGAGGCUUUGGAGCUGCAGCGCGGCAAGAGCAACGCCAGCUUAGGCUAUGAGGUGCAGAUCUCCGACCUGCAGCAGGCGCUGAGUUUGCAGCGCCGAGCCUGCGAACAGCAGCUCCUAGAGCAGCGCCGGCUCCAGGAGGCCUUCCAGGCUUCGGCAGACUUGCAGAUCUGGCAUCGUCAUGGCCAACAGCAGCAGCUGAGGCAGCUUUGGGGCACCACCUCGGCCCAGCUGGGGCGGUGCGGGGAGCUGGAGAGGCGCCUGGCGCUGGAGCGCGCCGAGAGCCAACGGCUGCAGCAGCGGCUCACCGAGGCCGAGCUGGGCGCUCGAACUGCAGAAGUCGAGCGCCAAGACGCGGCAGCUCGCGCCAAAGACGCGGAGCACUACGCCCUAGAAGCUCGCAAGUACAUCCCAGAGAAGGUUGAUGAAGCACUUGAAGUGCAGAAGGCGCAGCUUAUGGAAGAGAUGCAGACGGAGAGGAAAGGCUGGCAGAAGGAGCUGGCCAACGCCAUCCCGCUGCAGCUGGCAAGAGAGGUGCUGGGUGCCUACGCGGAGCUGUGGCGAAGUGGCUGCGCCGCUUCCCCUGGGCUCCACAGUCAGCGAGCAGAGCGCGCGCUGAGGCGGCUUUUCGACCUGGACGUUUUUGCCGCCGUGAUGCCACCCCGAGAUGAGCUGCUGCAGGAGCCGCUACGCCGUGCUAUGGGUGACGCAGCCGCAAAGGACGUGGGUGAGGCCUUAGUGGCGGAGCUGCGCCGCAGCCACGCCCACGUCCCGAAGGAGCCAGAGGCCUCGAGGCUUGAGGGCUGGUCUCAGCACGGCGGCUCACUUCAACACCUGCGCGACUUGCCGCUGCGUGCCAAAGCAAUGAUAUUGGCUUCUGAAAAUCGGUGA